CUUGGGCCCUUAUUUUCUAAAGAUUUGGUUUAUUCAGAGCCUCUAAGUGACUGUGCCCCUCUCUCUGGAUUGUCCUACAGAUACCCCGUAAGGGGCCCCUGCUGGUACACAAGACCCACCGGGGCUGUCUGCCUGACUGCCCCAGAUUCCGGCAGCGGGACCCCUGAUGGCAGUAGGCACCUCCCUGUGAAACCUGCCAAGCUGGACGCCACAACUCUGCACGACGACGCUUUGGCCAGCCCCGUGUCCCCUUCAGAGGUGUGCCACCAUGCAGUCCUAGCCUGCAGCCCGGGCAUCCCUGAAGAACACUAUGUAAGCGAGGCUGUGGAAGAUGCUCCCAGCUUCAGAGGGUACCGGGAUGCCUGCACCAUUACUGACGUGUGCAACAGCACUGACCUUCCGGAAGUUGAGAUCAUUAGCCUGCUGGAGGAGCAGCUGCCCCAUUAUAAGUUAAGAGCUGAUACCAUCUACGGUUAUGACCACGAUGACUGGCUCCAUACGCCCCUCAUUUCUCCUGAUGCCAACAUUGACCUCACAACCGAGCAAAUUGAAGAGACGCUGAAGUACUUCCUUUUAUGUGCUGAAAGAGUUGGCCAGAUGACUAAAACAUACAAUGACAUAGAUGCUGUUACUCGUCUUCUUGAGGAGAAAGAGCGGGAUUUAGAAUUGGCUGCUCGGAUCGGCCAGUCAUUGUUGAAGAAGAACAAAACGCUAACCGAGAGGAACGAGCUGCUGGAAGAGCAAGUUGAACACAUCCGGGAGGAGGUGUCUCAGCUUCGGCACGAGCUGUCCAUGAAGGAUGAGCUGCUGCAGUUCUAUACCAGUGCUGCCGAGGAGAGCGAGCCCGAGUCUGUCUGCUCGACCCCGCUGAAGAGGAAUGAGUCAUCCUCCUCAGUCCAGAACUACUUUCAUCUGGAUUCUCUUCAGAAGAAGCUGAAGGACCUUGAAGAGGAGAACGUCGUGCUUCGAUCAGAGGCCUGCCAGCUGAAGACAGAGACCAUCACCUAUGAGGAGAAGGAGCAGCAGCUGGUCAAUGACUGCGUGAAGGAGCUGAGGGACGCCAAUGUCCAGAUUGCCAGUAUCUCAGAGGAACUGGCCAAGAAGACCGAAGAUGCUGCCCGCCAGCAGGAGGAGAUCACACACCUGCUGUCUCAGAUCGUGGAUUUGCAGAAGAAGGCCAAAGCUUGCACAGUGGAGAAUGAAGAGCUCGUCCAGCACCUGGGGGCUGCUAAGGAUGCCCAGCGGCAGCUCACGGCCGAGCUGCGUGAGCUGGAGGACAAGUAUGCAGAGUGCAUGGAAAUGCUUCAUGAGGCGCAGGAGGAGCUGAAGAACCUCCGGAACAAAACCGUGCCAAACACCACGGCCCGGCGCUACCACUCUCUGGGCCUGUUUCCCAUGGACUCGCUGGCUGCGGAGAUCGAGGGGACAAUGCGCAAGGAGCUGCAGUUGGAAGAGCCUGAGGCUCCAGAUGUCACUCACCAGAAGCGUGUCUUUGAGACUGUGAGAAACAUCAACCAAAUCGUCAAGCAGAGGUCUUUGACCCCUUCCCCCAUGAACAUCCCUGGCUCCAACCAGUCUUCAGCCAUGAACUCCCUCCUCUCCAGCUGCGUCAGCACCCCCAGGUCCAGCUUCUAUGGCAGCGAUGUCAGCAAUGUCAUCCUUGACAACAAGACCAACAGUAUCAUCCUCGAAACAGAGUCAUCCGACCUGGGGAACGAGGACCGGAAUAAGAAGCCCGGGACGCCAGGCACCCCUGGCUCCCACGACCUGGAGACGGCGCUGAGGCGGCUAUCCCUCCGCCGGGAGAACUACCUCUCAGAGAGGCGGUUCUUUGAGGAGGAGCAGGAACGGAAGCUCAGGCAGCUGGCCGAGAAGGGCGAGCUGCUCAGCGGCUCCCUCACCCCCACGGAAAGCAUCAUGUCCCUCGGCACACACUCCCGCUUCUCUGAGUUCACCGGCUUCUCUGGCAUGUCCUUCAGCAGCCGCUCCUACCUGCCUGAGAAGCUCCAGAUCGUGAAGCCGCUGGAAGGUUCUGCCACCCUUCACCACUGGCAGCAACUGGCCCAGCCUCACCUCGGGGGCAUCCUGGACCCCCGGCCUGGUGUGGUCACCAAGGGCUUCCGGACACUGGACGUUGACCUGGAUGAAGUGUACUGCCUUAACGACUUUGAAGAAGAUGACACAGCACACCACCCUGGGAAGUGCAUGUCGCAGACCAACUCCACCUUCACCUUCACCACCUGCCGUAUCCUGCAUCCUUCAGAUGAGCUCACGCGGGUCACGCCAAGCCUUAACUCAGCCCCGACUCCAGCUUGUGGCAGUGCCAGCCACUUGAAGUCCACGCCAGUGGCCACGCCGUGCACGCCCCGGAGACUGAGCUUGGCUGAGUCCUUCACCAACACCCGCGAGUCCACGACCACAAUGAGCACAUCGCUGGGGCUGGUGUGGCUGCUGAAGGAGCGGGGCAUCUCGGCGGCCGUGUACAACCCCCAGAGCUGGGACCGGGCCGGCCGGGGCUCCCUUCUGCACUCAUACACCCCCAGGAUGGCCGUGAUCCCCUCCACCCCGCCGAACUCACCUAUGCAGACACCCACGUCUUCCCCGCCCUCCUUCGAGUUCAAGUGCACGAGCCCGCCCUACGACACCUUCCUGGCCUCCAAGCCCGCCAGCUCCAUCCUGAGGGAAGUGAGGGAAAAGAAGAGCGUCCGGAGCAGCGAGAGCCAGACAGAUGUGUCUGUCUCCAACCUCAACCUCGUGGACAAGGUCAGGAGGUUUGGUGUGGCCAAAGUGGUGAACUCAGGGCGAGCCCACAUCCCCACCUUGACUGAGAACCAGGGGCCUCUGCUCUGCGGGCCCCCAGGGCCAGCACAGGCCCUGGUCCCCAGAGGCCUAGUACCUGAGGGCCUGCCACUUGGGUGCCCCACGGUUACCAGUGCCAUUGGCGGACUGCAGCUCAACAGUGGCAUCCGACGGAACCGUAGCUUCCCCACCAUGGUGGGGUCCAGCAUGCAGAUGAAAGCCCCCGUGACUCUCACCUCAGGCAUCUUGAUGGGUGCUAAGCUCCCCAAACAAACCAGCUUGCGAUGA